GGGAAAUAUUUUUGGGGAAAGGAUUGUUCUUGUUUCCAUGGGAUGAUAAAUAUACCUCUGUUGACGAAAGUAAAAUUCAGGAAAACUUGGAAUGGAAAGAUCAAAAUGCAUUAACUGUGUUAUUUAAUGCCUUCACCUACAUUUCCACAUAUUCAGAAGUAGCAGUUUUGUAUCAUUUAAUGCAUCUUCUUUCCCUCACUCUCUCUUCUCUUCUCUUCUCUUCUUCUUGCAACCUCCAAACACCUUCAAUUCUUGAUCUAUUAUGACCGUUUCUUCCUUUCAUGUCAGUUUUCAAAACACAACAUGGAGCUGCUUUUUCUUCUGCUAAUUUUUUCUCACUCACCAAACAACAAAAGCAUAGCAUCUUCUCUAUUGUAAGAAUCAAAAGUAGACAAAAGAUCCAGUCUAACUCCUUGCCAUUUGUGCUGCUGAUUGUUGCUUACUCAUGCAUACAAACCCACAAUCAAGAUUCUGAUUUUUCUACCAGCAAUGGCCUUGUUCCACUGGUUAUUUUAUGACCCCACCUCUCUUUUUUCAUUUUUUGGGGUCUCUUCUUGCAUUGCAUCCAUGGAACUGUGAAAAAACAUGAGUGUCUUCACUUCUGCACUUUGAACAUGAACCUAUGGCCAGUUCGAUUUGUUACUAUAUUUGAGGUUGUGGUUUUUUCAUGCUUGUGGUUGCACGUUUCAAGUCUUGGCUCCAUGUCUUCCAUUGCCGUCUCUUACGGCGACAAAGGGUCCGCGUUUUGUGGCUUGAAACCGGAUGGAUCUCACACUGUAAACUGUUACGGGAUGAACUCAGCCAUAAUUUAUGGAACACCAACACAUUUUCCGUUCUUUGGUCUAACAGCCGGUGAUGGCUUUGUGUGCGGGCUUUUGAUGAGUUCUAGUCAACCAUAUUGCUGGGGUAGCAGUGGCCAUGUUGAAAUGGGUGUGCCACAACCUAUGGUUAAGGGAGCUCAGUACCUAGAGAUCAGUGCCGGGGAUUUUCACGUUUGUGGAUUGAGGAAACCGUUGACUGGAAGACACAGGAACACUUCUUUGGUUGAUUGUUGGGGCUACAACAUGACAAAUAACUAUGUGUUUGAUGGGCAGGUUCAAGCAAUCUCAGCAGGCUCUCAGUUCAAUUGUGGCUUGUUUUCUCAGAACAGAAGUGUGUUCUGCUGGGGGGACGAGACAAGUAGCCAAGUUAUUAAUAUGGUCCCUAAGGGCAUGAGGUUUCAGAAGAUCUCUGCUGGAGGGUACCAUGUGUGUGGAAUCUUGGAAGGGGUGAAUUCUAGAGCUGUUUGUUGGGGGAGGAGCUUGCUGGAUUUGGGUGAAGAACUUUCAAUUUCAUUGACAGGUUCAGGACAGGGACAAGGUAAAGUUGAAUUGGCUCCCAAUGAUCCCAUGCUUUCAGUGGUGGGAGGGAAGUUCCAUGCAUGUGGGAUUAAGAGCUAUGAUCAUGGAGUGGUUUGUUGGGGCUAUAGUUUCAAAGCAGGCACCAGAGUUCCUAGUGGGAUUAAGGCCUUUGAGAUUGGUGCUGGGAAUUACUUUACCUGUGGAGUGCUUGUUGAGAAAUCUCAUAUGCCUGUGUGUUGGGGUGUUGGCUUCCCCACUUCUCUCCCUUUGCCUGUCUCACCAAGAAUGUGUAGGUCUACUCCAUGUCCUCCAGCUUACUUUGAAACCUCACAAAAUGGUAUAUGCAAGUCACCAGAUUCCCAUGUUUGCAUGCCAUGCAGUGCUUCUUGUCCUCCUGAGAUGUACAAGAGAAGUGGAUGCAAUUUGAAAUCUGACAUACUAUGUGAAUAUAACUGUUCUAUCUGUUCCUCACCUGAAUGCCUCUCCAAUUGCUCCUCUUCCUAUUCCAAUGCUGCCUCUGUCAAGAGAAGUGAAAAAUUUUGGUCACUUCAACUGCCCGUGAUUAUUGCAGAAAUAGCUUUUGCUGUUUUCUUUGUUUGUAUUGUGUCCAUAACUGCGGUGUUGUAUGUUCGCUACAAGCUAAGAGAUUGUCAGUGUUCUUCUUCAGCAAGAGGGUCAAAGGGGAAGAAACUAAGAGGGAGUUCGUCACACCAGAAGGAGAAAUCCAAGGUCCGACCAGACUUGGAGGAGUUCAAGAUUAGGAGAGCACAGAUGUUCCCGUACGAGGAACUUGAAAGAGCAACCGGUGGAUUCAAAGAGGAGUCCAUAGUGGGGAAGGGAAGUUUCUCUUGCGUGUUCAAAGGGGUUCUCAAAGAUGGCACUGUUGUUGCUGUUAAAAGGGCCAUAGUGUAUCCCAACGUGCAGAAGAAUUCCAAGGAGUUUCACACCGAGCUUGACUUGCUUUCUAGGCUGAACCACGCACACUUGCUGAAUCUACUAGGCUACUGUGAGGAGGGUGGAGAGAGACUCCUUGUUUAUGAGUACAUGGCUCAUGGCUCAUUGCAUCAACACCUUCAUGGCAACAAAGUGAUGAAAGAGCAAAUGGAUUGGGUGAGAAGGGUGACGAUUGCAGUGCAAGCAGCUCGUGGAAUCGAAUAUCUGCACGGCUAUGCUUGUCCACCCGUGAUUCACAGAGACAUAAAGUCUUCAAACAUUCUCAUCGAUGAAGAACACAAUGCGAGAGUGGCUGAUUUUGGUUUGUCACUGCUUGGUCCUGCAGAUAGCAGCUCUCCACUGGCUGAACUACCAGCUGGGACUCUUGGCUAUCUUGAUCCUGAAUACUACAGGCUCCAUUACCUCACCACAAAGUCUGAUGUAUACAGCUUUGGCGUUCUACUUUUGGAGAUACUGAGCGGCAGAAAAGCUAUUGACAUGCAGUAUGAAGAAGGGAACAUUGUUCAAUGGGCAGUGCCUCUGAUAAAGUCAGGAGAUAUAGGUUCAAUUCUGGAUCCAGUUUUGAAAGCUCCUUCAGAUGUUGAUGCACUGAGAAGAAUAGCUAAUGUGGCUUGUAAAAGUGUGAGGAUGAAAGGGAAGGAUAGGCCUUCAAUGGACAAAGUGACAACAGUUUUGGAGAGAGCUCUUGCACAGUUGAUGGGGAGUCCUUGCAUUGAGCAGCCAAUUUUGCCAACUGAGGUGGUUUUGGGAAGCAACAGACUGCACAAAAAAUCAUCUCAAAGAUCUUCAAACAGGUCAGCCUCAGAAAGCACUGAUGUGGAAGAUCAGAGGUUUGAAUUCAGAGCACCCUCAUGGAUCACUUUCCCCAGUGUCACUUCUUCUCAGAGAAGAUCAGGCUCAGAGGCUGAUGUUGAGGGAAAAAAUGUAGAAGGAAGGAAUUUGGGCAAUGUCGGAGGAGGAGGUGGUGGUGGUGGUGGUGGUGGUGGUGAUGCUCUCAAAAGUCUUGAGGAAGAGAUUGGUCUUGCUUCUCCACGAGAGAAACUCUUCUUGCAACACAACUUCUGACACCAGAUCAUGUUAUUAGUACUUACUUUUCACCAAUUUUUUUUAUUUGUUUUGUUUUGCUUAACUGAGUUUCAUCAUGGAUUAUUCAGUUCCUAUUUUUAUGGAGUUGUGUUUCAGAAUCUUA